GCGCGCGCGCGCGUUGUGGAUGAGACGCGACUUUCAAAAUCUGUGUGACUCUCUGAAGCGGCAGAAGAGGAAUCUGCUGGAGUUUUAUGCUGCAGGUUUGUUCAAAUCAUGAGACUGUGAUUUCAGCGUGAAUUCAGCCAUGGCAGAAAUUGAUGUUGACAAAUCUCACCUGCCCGGCAUCUAUGACGUAUGCCAAUGUUUCUCUGUGUUAGAGGACGGAGCUCUGGCUCACAGUCUUCAAGAGCAGGAAAUUGAACAGUUCUACAGUGCCAACAUCCAGAAGAACCAGUCGGUACAGAACGAUGUUCGUCUGGCAAGGAGACUGCAAGAAGAAGAGGAACGGCGAGUGAAUAUCUGUCGAGACCUGAGGCAGCGGGAGGAAGAGGACUGCAGAUAUGCUCAUAUUAUUCAUGAAGAGCUUCAGAGAUGUGCAGAGGAGGCCAGGAAUAUCAAAGAUCAGCUGGAAGAAAUAGCAAAACAUUUACAGGAAGAAGAAGAAAUGGAGAUGAGACAGCAGCAGGCUGCCGCUGGUUACCAUGGCAGUAACUGCGUCUCUCCACUCUGUGAAGGGUUGGGAGUUUGGGAACAGGUGCUUCAGGAUGCUGAUUUAGCCCGAAGACUACAAGAGGAAGAGGAAAUGCUGCCUCACAGAGAGGUCGAGUAUAUAGACAGUAGUUCUGGAUCAGAGGUGGACUUCAUAGCAGCACAAGUAGCCCAAGAUGAGGAGAUCGCCAGAUGCAUGCAACACCAAUAUAGAAGAAUCAACAAUAGGCCAGAAGACCUAGAGAUCCAGACGAAGCCGAUUGAACCAAGCGAUGAAGGCACGACUACAACUAGAAAGGCACUCCAGAUGUUGAGAGAGAGGCUGAACUCAGAAGGACUGCACUCACCUUUAGAAGAAGAGGACUACACCAUAGAAAAUAAUCUACCAAGCCCGUCAUGUACUGCACUCCGAACACAACACAUACACAAUAUUGCAGAAGAACUGGACCCAACGUUUAAAGCUAGAAAGAUUGAGAGCCAAAUUUCCACCAGCCCCCUGUCAGGUCUGUGUUUGGCCCCCCGCAACCCGCACAGUAUCUUUUAUGACUAUUUACCAGAACCCACCUUUGUACCACCAACAAAACGCCAUCACGACAAAGCAGGACGCCACAAAGCCAAAGACAAGAAAGAGAACUGUAAACAACAGUGAUCAUGUAACUAACACAGUGCUGCUUGCUUAAAUAUGGCUUAACUGUGUUGUUUUGUAUUUGUAGUGUAAAAACAACUACAACUAGUAUUGUUUAAACCAGCUUGUGGGCACAGAUUAGGCUUUUUUUUAGGCUAACAAUGCAAAUGCCGAUUUCCUGUCGAAAUUAAUGCUUUAUUUUAUUCUGUGUUCCGUCCAAUACCUAGAAAAGUGUGAUAGAAUUUGACAUCAAACUUGGAAACUUGUACGGAAAUCCAUAAGCCGGAUAUGACCAAUGUUAAACAUACAGACACACCGUUAUUGAUAAACGUUCACUUUUUAGCAAAUAAAUGCAUCAGUGCAUCAAAGUUUCUACAUUACAAGAUAAUAAAAAUGUUGUAGGGGUAGCAGUAAAGACGCUGGCUACCACCCCUGGUGUUCGCUAGUUCGAAUCCCAGGGCGUGCUGAGUGACUCCAGCUGGGUCUACUAAGCAACCAAAUUGGCCCGAUUGCUAGGGAGGGUAGAGUCACAUGAGGUAACCUCCUUGUGAUCGCUAUAAUGUGGUUCACUCUCAGUGGGGCGCGUGGUGAGUUGUGCGUAGAUGCCGCAGUGGAAGGCGUGAAGACUCCACAAACGCUAUCUCUCCAUGGUAAUGCGCUCAACAAGCCAUGUGAUAAGAUGCGCGGGUUGGCGGUCUCAGAAGCAGAGGCAGCUGAGAUUCAUCCUCCGCAAACCAGACAAUGCCUCAGGCCCCACUUAAUGAUUUAAAUAAUUAUUAAUGAUUAUUUUAAUAAUGAAUAAAUAUUUAAUAAGACGACAAUCGACAGCAAUCCAUUUUGCAAUUGGCUUUCAUUAUUUUUUAUUAUAUUGUCGGUCUAUAGAACAUUUCAAGAUGGUUUAAGGAGGUAACGUCUAUUUGUUCCAUGAACAUUUCCUGCUAGAUGCAAACUCAGACUGCAUUCCAAACAGGAUAAAUCACCCUCCAAAAGGCACUUUGAAGGAAGAACAAUCAUGAUAGUUAUGCUUUUAGAUUGCUUCAAACUGUAUUUCCAAUAAAAAUGACUUAAAAAGUGAGUUCUGAAUUACCCUUAUUUAUGAGCCCCACACCUUUUAGCCAUUCAAAGCUCUUACAGUGGAAGGUAAAGUCUUUGAAGUUACUAACUUUAACACGAUUGUCAUAAAAUGCCAUUAUUACAAUGUGGACCAUAUUGUUUGGUGGAUGGAUGUCCAGAAGCACAGAAGCAUUCUAAUUCCUUUGUUAUUGUUUACAUCUUUAAAACAAUCUAUAAACAUAUGCGUCAGACAGACGCCUUUGGAGCGUGUCACCUUUUUUCAGUGCUUCUCUGCAUUUUUAGGAUGUUGUGUCAAGUUAAAAGUAGUUAAAACUAUGAAAAUCGCCUCUUGAGAUCAUUGCAUUCUGUUUUGUUUUGUCCUGUUGUCAAGAACUCCUCAUGAUUAGUGGCUCUCAUUCAGUGGCUGUGCUGCUUGUGAGGUUUGUUGAGGCGCUUACUGCCCCUGCUGACGAGGUGCCUUAAAACAUGAAGUUACAUGUACUUCAAGCUUGAAUUGCUCUGAUGGUAGAAAAUUACGCACUUUUAUUACAGAAUUUAUGUUAGGGUUAGUAAGCAGUAUUAAGGUAAUUGCAUCAUUUUUUUUUAACACGUUAUUUUUUAUAGAAAUGUAUCACUCUAAACAACGAUUUUUGCAAACAUUUGUGUAAAGUAAUCGCACUGUUACAGUACAACUGUAAUAUUGCUAUUUCACUUCUUUACAUAUAUUUCGGUUGAAUGCGUGCUGCCAAUUCUCGCUUACAGUUUGCAAUGUAAAUUUCGUCAUGCAUACAAUCCGUUCGUACUGUCUGCAUGGGGCCCAACUGUACUUGUUUUCCUUAAACAUAAAUGAUACAGUUCCCAUGCUAUUUUCUAAUAACAUGUAGGAAUGUGUUUAACAUCUGUUGUGUUUUCAUAAUAAAAGUCCUCUGAACACA